AUGCGUUGGCGAUGGAGCCAUUUGUCUCCCGGAUUUUAACUGUCAUUUCAGCAACACGGAGGAUGUAACGUCUUCACAGUUUAAUUGGCUUGCAAUUCAGAACACGCCGAGCAAAUAACACCUUUCAUUCUGCGGCGAACACAGAUGUGAGAGGACACGACGAAGCAAACCCAAGUGGUCACUCUGUGGAGAAACCAUUUGUCAGUUUGUCAAUGCAUCUGACACGUAAGGAUACACUCGUAUCGCUAGCUUAACUUAGCUAGCUGAACGAUAUAGUCUGUGUCGUGGAUGGGUUCGCCGAACAAAGUGCUCUUUGAAGAAACAGUGACUGGUGCUUAGGGUGCAACAUGGAUACUGCCGAAGAAGCGGACAUUUGUCGCGUGUGCCGCUCUGAGGGGACCCCAGACAAACCACUGUACCACCCCUGUGUCUGCACUGGCAGUAUCAAGUUUAUCCACCAGGAAUGUUUGGUCCAGUGGUUGAAGCACAGCAGGAAGGAGUAUUGUGAAUUGUGCAAGCACAGAUUUGCUUUCACACCAAUCUACUCCCCAGACAUGCCCUCACGUCUGCCCAUACAGGACAUUUGUGCUGGCCUGCUGACCAGUGUGGGCACGGCCAUUCGCUACUGGUUCCAUUAUACACUGGUGGCCUUUGCAUGGCUUGGGGUUGUUCCUCUCACUGCAUGUCGCAUCUACAAGUGUCUGUUUACUGGCUCUGUGAGCUCACUUUUGACACUGCCAUUGGACAUGCUGUCUACAGAGAACCUGCUUGCAGAUUGUCUCCAGGGCUGUUUUGUUGUCACUUGCACUUUGUGUGCAUUUAUCAGUCUGGUGUGGCUCAGAGAACAGAUCGUCCAUGGCGGCGCUCCCCAAUGGUUAGAGCAGCACCUACCACCCCCACCCAAUGCUGCUGGACAAGCCAAUGAGGCACAAGCUGCAGGUCAGGGACCAGCUGAUGAGCCGCCUGCAGCCCAGCCAGUUCCUGCUGAACCUCCAGCCCAGAACGAAGCAGAGCCCGAGCCUCCUGAUGUUCCACCGGACCAAGGUGAUGACCCAGAGCUGGAGGAGGAGGAGGGAGCAGCUGCUGAAGAUGCAGACCCUAACAAUGGAGCGCAAGAUGACAUGAACUGGAAUGCCUUGGAGUGGGACAGAGCAGCAGAGGAGCUCACCUGGGAAAGGAUGCUUGGCUUGGACGGUUCACUGGUCUUUUUGGAGCAUGUGUUUUGGGUUGUGUCUCUAAACACACUCUUUAUCCUGGUCUUUGCAUUUUGUCCCUACCACAUUGGGCACUUCUCUGUUGUUGGUCUUGGCUUUGAGGAAUAUGUUCAAGCCUCUCACUUUGAGGGUUUAAUCACAACAAUCGUGGGUUACAUACUGCUGGCCAUGACGCUCAUCCUCUGUCAUGGUCUGGCCGCUCUAGUCAGGUUCCAGCGCUCACGUCGCCUCCUGGGAGUCUGCUACAUUGUUGUCAAGGUGUCUCUGCUGGUUGUUGUGGAGAUUGGUGUGUUUCCACUCAUCUGUGGCUGGUGGCUUGACAUCUGCUCUUUAGAGAUGUUUGAUGCUUCUUUGAAGGAUAGGGAGUUAAGUUUCAAAUCAGCCCCUGGAACCACCAUGUUCCUACACUGGCUAGUCGGAAUGGUCUAUGUCUUCUACUUUGCAUCUUUCAUCCUCCUACUGAGAGAGGUGCUGAGGCCUGGAGUGCUGUGGUUUCUGAGAAACCUCAAUGACCCAGAUUUUAACCCGGUGCAGGAAAUGAUUCAUUUACCCAUAUACAGACACCUGCGGCGCUUCAUCCUGUCUGUGGUGGUGUUUGGGUCGAUUGUGUUACUCAUGCUAUGGCUGCCCAUUAGACUGAUUAAAUUACUGCUACCCACCUUCCUGCCAUACAAUGUCAUGCUCUACAGUGACGCCCCAGUCAGCGAGCUGUCUUUGGAGCUAUUAUUACUUCAAGUUGUGUUGCCAGCGCUGCUGGAGCAAGGACACACUCGCCAGUGGCUGAAAGGUCUGGUCAGAGCCUGGACAGUCAGUGCUGGGUAUUUACUCGACCUUCACUCCUAUCUCCUCGGGGAACAGGAUGACAAUGAUACCAACCAGCCUGUCAACAACAACAACAAUAACCCUCCCCCUGGUCACCAUAACAACAAUAACAAUCCUGCUCCAGCUGUUGGCGAGGGACUUCAUGCAGCCCAUCAGGCUAUCCUGCAACAAGGGGGACCAGUAGGUUUCCAGCCCUACCAUCGACCCCUUCGCUUCCCAUUUAGGAUUGUGUUGCUGAUAGCAUUCAUGUGCAUCACUCUGCUGGUGGCCAGUCUGGUGUGUCUGACCCUACCAGUGUUCACCGGCCGCUGGCUGAUGUCCUUCUGGACAGGAAACUCCAAAAUCCACGAGCUGUACACGGCAGCAUGUGGCCUGUAUGUCUGCUGGCUGUCUAUCCGUGGAAUCACAGUGCUGUUGGCCUGGAUGCCCCAGGGACGCACAGUCAUCAUGCACAAAGUCCAGGAGUGGACACUCAUGAUCCUGAAGACACUGGUUGUAGCUCUGCUGGUUGCUGGAGUCAUCCCGCUUUUGCUGGGUUUGCUGUUUGAAUUAGUUAUUGUGGCUCCGCUUAGGGUACCUCUGGACCAAACACCUCUCUUCUACCCCUGGCAGGACUGGGCUCUUGGAGUUCUCCAUGCCAAAAUCAUUGCUGCCAUCACUCUCAUGGGCCCUCAAUGGUGGCUGAAGACUGUUAUUGAGCAGGUUUAUGCAAAUGGAAUUCGCAACAUUGAUCUGCAGUUCAUUAUCCGUAGACUGGCAGCCCCAGUCAUCUCAGUCCUGCUGCUGUCCUUGUGUGUGCCAUAUGUAAUUGCUGGUGGUGUGGUGCCAGCUGUUGGCGUGACCCCAGAGAUGGAGAUUCUAAUGCAGAGGAGAAUCUACCCAUUUCUGCUGAUGGUGGUCUCGCUCAUUGGUAUCCUGUCCUUCCAGAUCCGACAGUUUAAACGCCUUUAUGAGCACAUCAAAAAUGACAAGUACCUGGUUGGCCAGAGGCUUGUCAACUACGAACGGAAAGUUGGAAGAGCAAGCAUGCCUCCACCCUCCAAUCCUGUCGCAGAGUAGAUUAUUGUGUCACACGUCGCCACAUUUUUGCACCUGUUACGUUGUGUACACCUUUGCCCUGACCUCUUUUGAUUUUUUUUCAAAGACCAUUCUCCUUUUUUAAAAAUCUCCUGUGGAUGUCAAUGGAUUUGAUGGAUGUCGUUUCUUUCAAUUUCCCUUCCACGCUCAUCAAAGUUGGAAGAUGGGAAAAUGUGUUAUAAUCACAGGACAGCCGCGAGUGACCCCCUCUGUAAAAGAUGAGGCAGAAGUGAGGGUUACAGGGUUUGAUUUGAAGCCCAACAUUUCUCUUGUUGUUCACGCCUUGCUUUGUAAAGUGCUGCCUGAUAAUUGUACAUGUGUAAAUACUUUGAAAGCAGAUUUUGUCGUACCAAAAAAAAUAGAGACAAAUAUGGAUUAAUGCAGUGACCAUUGUACAUCUUAAAAGUGUAUGUAUAAUUUAUUAAAUGAAUCUGACAAUUUA